AUGCACUGUGCAGUCUCAUGCAAACCACACAUAGAUGCAUUACAUCCCGCUUGGAGAGACACUCGAGUAUUAUUCCAGCUUCGCAAAUCUGAUCACAUCCUCAUGCCCAUGUCCAUUGUUCUCGAGCGUGAAAACGAGGAGCGUCGCCAGUUGGAGCGGGAGUCGUCUUUGAUGGCACUAUCGAGUCCAGUUGCUUCUUCUGCAUCAACUUACACAUCAUCUUCAGCAUCCAUGUACUCGUCGUCUUCAGCAUCCACUUACACGUUGUCUUCAGGAUCAACACGUCCUUCAUCAGUGCUGUCUAUUGCAUCGGAGAUACCGACUGCCAACUCGCCGCCACCUCUAAGCUGGGAUAGUACAAGCAACCAAGAUGAAUCAGGAUAUCACUCCCCAUCUCAUGAUCAUCGAUCCCGCCGCGACACAGCAUUGUCCUCACUCUCCGACGAGAAGAUCGGAUCAAGUCCCCUAGAGCACCAUCCCGACACUGCCGUGUUCUCAAUGCCCACUUACCCUUCGCGAGAUCUCCUCAUCUUCUUCCCUCCUCCUACUCGUGUCUGUCGUCCGCACUUGUUUGAGCCAUGUCAGCAGUUGCUGACGUGCACUGGGCGUUUGCGCAUGGUGUUCGUGGUAUUGGGAAUGGCGUGGUGGAUGGCAUUGAUCAUUUUGUUCUUGAAAGCCGUCGUUGAGCCCAAGCUGAGCCGCGGCUUUGGCCUGGCUUGGGCUCACGGCUCGGCCUGA